AGAUGUUUGAAUAUAUAUAGUUCACCUUAAGUUAACGACAACAUAAUUCCAAUCAUUUAUCUUCUCUUCAGACCACUGACUUAUCCAUCCAAAUUAUUUGAUAUACUCACAUCCACUUGCACCUUAUUUUGCUCCAAGCUUUUCGAUACUCGACAACCAAAAUCUUGCACUAAGAUUCACCAUGGAUGUGGAAGGAAGAACAAGCAAUGCCAAUGACAACUCUCUCACUCACAACCCCGAACAUGUUCAAGAAAAGGAUAUCCCAAAUGAUAGUUAUGACCUUUCUACUGCCCAUACUAUUGACCGAGAUUCGUGGCAACAAGUGGGGUUGAUGUUGGUGACAGGCUUCAACUGUGGUUGGAUAUUCAGUUUCUCGAAUUUGAUUAUGGUUCCACUUGGUUGGACUUGGGGUGUUAUAUUGCUUUUUGUUGUUGGAUUCUACACAGCUUAUGCUAAUUGGCUCUUGGCAGCUUUUCAUUUCAUUGAUGGACGUAGAUUCAUCAGAUACAGAGAUCUCAUGGGAUUUGUUUAUGGAAAGAAGAUGUAUCACCUCACAUGGAUUUCUCAGUUUCUGACCCUUCUUCUUGAAAACAUGGGUUUCAUCCUCCUUGGAGGCAAAGCACUGAAGGAAAUCAACGCAGAAUUCAGUGAUUCUCCCUUAAGACUUCAAUACUACAUAGCGAUCACCGGAGCAGCAUAUCUCAUAUUUUCCUUCUCCAUUCCAACAUUAUCCUCAAUGAGAAACUGGCUAGGAGCUUCUGCAGUCAUCACCCUCGCUUACAUAGUAUUUCUUCUCAUUGUUGUUGUCAAAGAUGGUAAAUCAAAUACCAACAAAGAUUUCACCAUCACCGGAAGCAAAGUGAACAAGGUAUUCAAUAGCUUUGGUGCUAUUUCUGCAAUCAUUGUUACAAACACCAGUGGCAUGCUUCCUGAAAUACAGUCAACUUUACGUAAACCAGCGGUAAAGAACAUGAGAAAAGCCUUGUACUCACAAUUUACAGUGGGAAUCUUGUUCUACUAUGGUGUUACUAUAAUUGGAUAUUGGGCUUAUGGAUCAAUGGUAUCUUCUUAUCUUCCCGAAAACUUAAGUGGACCAAGAUGGAUCAAUGUCAUUGUUAACGUCAUCGUUUUUCUACAAUCCAUAGUUUCUCAACAUAUGUUUGUGGCACCGAUUCACGAGGCUUUGGACACUAGAUUUCUUGAAAUCGACAAGGGUAUGCAUUCGGGAAAGAAUUUUAAACGUUUAUUUCUACUACGCAUCUGCUUCUAUACCAGAAACACAUUCGUUGCUGCUGCAUUUCCUUUUAUGGGUGACUUUGUAAAUUUGCUUGGCUCAUUUUCACUUGUUCCCCUCACUUUCAUGUUCCCAAGCAUGCUCUUUCUUAAGAUAAAGGGAAAGGGAGCUAGAAUUGAGAAGAAGGCAUGGCAUUGGAUCAACAUUAUAUUUUCAUUUCUACUUACAAUAGCAACAACAAUUUCAGCUCUUCGGUUCAUAAUCGACAACAUCCAAAAGUAUCAAUUCUUUGCUGAUGCAUGAUUUUGGAUUACCCAUUUCAUCAAUUAUAUCUUAUAUGCAUUAGUUUUAGUAAUUAACAAAGAGAAGGCUUGAUUGCAAUUUUGGUCCCUGUUAUUAUUUUUUAUAGUUUUGGUCCCUAUUUUAAAAUCCGGAAUUUUAGUCCCUAUAUUUUAGUUUUUUUGAGAAUUUUGGUCCCUACAAAUUCGAAGACAAUUUUAAAUGAAAUAACGCUCAAAUUAAUGAUGUGUCAGUGCUAGUUCAACAGUGAAAUGUUCAAAAAAAACUAAUUUUAUUUAAGAUUUAUGUUGAACAUAUCAUCAAUGUGAGUUCCAUUUCAUUAAAAAUUGCCUUCGGAUUUAUAAGAGGACCAAAAUCAUAAAAAAAACUAAAAUAAAGAGACUAAAAAAAAUGAUAAUAGAGAGACCAAAAUUGCAAUUAAACCCAAAUAGAAUUGAACUCACAUAUGCACUUGGUGGCAAACCAUUACAUUUGAAUAAUGUAAAAUCAAUGUAUCAUUGACCGAACAAGAAUUGGCUACCUUAAGGAUGUUGUUACCUUUG